AUGUCUGAAACAAAAAAUAUUGAGUCUUUGAUUUUGGAUGCUGGUCCAUUGAUUACACAGCCAGCUACUACUUUGCAGCAAUACGCCACUGCAUAUUAUACCACACCAGGGGUGCAUAGUGAGUUAAAAGAUGAAUAUGCUAGACAACAAUUAGCAAUUUGGGGUGAUAGUUUAAAAAUUAAACAGCCAAAACAGGAAUAUAUUGAUAGAGUUGUCAAGUUUGCGAAAUUAACAGGUGAUUAUUCUGUGUUGUCAGUGAACGAUUUGCACAUUGUUGCGUUAGCAUAUGAGUUGGAGUGUUUGAACAAUGGAGAAGACAACUUAAGAAGUUUUCCAGGUGAAGUCUUGAAGAAUCAACAAGCUGAAAAUGAAAAUGGCUCAAACAAAAUGUCAAACAUAAUAGGGGAUGACGAUGGGUUCGUAGUUGCCACAAAAAGAAGAGGAGGUAGAAGACAAAGAGAGAAGGCAGAGUUAAGGAAGAAAGGGUUGUUGCCAACGUUUUCCCCAAAACCAAAGGGUGGCCUGGAAACAGAAGAACCUAAUGAACUGUCAAAUGAUAAAACUAUAGAUGAAACACCUCAAACAGACUUGAUCAAAGGUGUUGAUGUGCAAGAACAGGAAUCCCAAGAAGAACCAGUAUCUGAAUCUAAUACUGUUGGUCUAGAUGAAAUAACUGAAGAAUACAAUGAAGACGAUGAUGACGGGGAAUGGAUUACUCCAGAAAAUUUACAAGAGGAGAUAAUAAAAGACAAAAAUGAACAAGUCCAAGAGUCUAAUACCAAUGGUCCGCUUAUUAAAGUGGCUCUUGCAACUGGUGAUUUUGCCUGUCAAAAUGUGGCCAUGCAAAUUGGUAUAAAGUUAUUGAACGCGAUGUCAGGGAAACAGAUUACUCGGGUUCGUAAUUACAUGUAUAGAUGCCAUGCUUGUUUCAGAUUGACGCCAAUGAGUAAAGAUGGUAGACCGAAACAUUUUUGUCCAAAAUGUGGUGGCAAUACAUUAUUGAGAUGUGCUGUAUCUGUCGACAACAAGACGGGAAAAAUAACUCCUCAUUUAAAACAGAACUUUCAGUGGAUCAGACGUGGUGAACGAUACUCGUUACCAUCACCAUUGAGUAAGAACCAAAAGAAAUUACAAGGUAACGGAGGCUAUCAGCAUAAUAAAGAAAACCGUCACAAGUCAUUGCAGACACCAUUGAUAUUGAAUGAAGACCAGAAGGAGUAUCAACGGGCGUUAAAAAAUGACGAGUGGGAAAGAAAACAACAAGAUAAAAUGUUACAAGAAUGGAUUGGAGGAGGCAGUGCUGACAAUUUUGUUUCUCCUUUUGGGAACACGAUUAGAAACUCUGGUGUCAAAGUGGGACGCGGAAGAUAUGCAAACUCUUCCAAAAAGAAAAGAAAGUAG